UGCUCUCAUUUGCUGGCAGGAAGUGUUGUGACUUGCUGCCUAGAAUUACAAUUCUAAGAGGAAUGCUGGGCUUCCAGAAUUAACUUUCUGGGCGUGGAAGAAUGUUCCAUAUUUUGCUGUGGGGCUAAGUGAAGAAACAGAUCUGCUAUCCUCUGAAAUCUGGACGGGGCGAGGACUUGAAAAGCCAACAGCAGUGAUUUCCACUUGGUGUCUGCUGUGAUUUUACUGUGUUCCUGGCUCAGAGGGCGACCGCCCCCCACGCAAGACAAUAUAUAGGUGCUUGUUUUAAUGCAUGAAAAUGGCCAGCACUACACAGAUAUCCAAAGAUGAGCUAGAGGAACUCAGGGAGGCCUUUGCCAAAGUCGAUCUCAACAGCAAUGGAUUCAUCUGUGAUUAUGAGUUGCACGAACUCUUCAAAGAAGCCAACCUUCCCCUUCCUGGAUACAAAGUGAGGGAGAUCAUCCAGAAACUGAUGAUAGAUGGAGACAAGAACAAAGAUGGGAAGAUCAGCUUUGAAGAGUUCGUUUACAUCUUCCAAGAGGUGAAAAGCAGUGACAUUGCCAAGACUUUUAGAAAAGCCAUCAACAGAAAAGAAGGCAUUUGCGCUAUCGGUGGGACAUCUGAGCUCUCCAGCGAAGGCACCCAGCACUCCUACUCAGAGGAAGAAAAAUAUGCCUUUGUGAACUGGAUAAACAAGGCUUUGGAAAACGAUCCGGACUGUAAGCAUGUCAUUCCAAUGAACCCAAAUACAGACGAUCUCUUCAAAGCCGUUGCAGAUGGGAUUGUGCUGUGUAAAAUGAUCAACCUUUCUGUUCCUGACACAAUUGAUGAAAGAGCGAUCAACAAGAAAAAGCUAACACCAUUCAUAAUUCAGGAAAACCUGAACUUGGCCUUGAACUCGGCCUCUGCCAUUGGGUGUCAUGUGGUCAACAUUGGAGCAGAAGAUUUGAGGGAAGGGAAGCCACAUCUGGUUCUAGGACUUCUGUGGCAGAUCAUCAAGAUUGGCUUGUUUGCAGACAUAGAACUCAGCAGAAAUGAAGCCUUGGCUGCCUUGCUCCGAGAUGGGGAGACUUUGGAAGACCUGAUGAAGUUGUCUCCAGAGGAACUGCUCUUGAGGUGGGCCAACUUCCACCUGGAAAAUGCUGGGUGGCACAAGAUCAACAACUUCAGCUCAGAGAUCAAGGACUCCAGAGCAUACUACCAUCUCCUCAACCAAAUUGCACCCAAGGGACAGAAGGAAGGGGAGCCGCAAAUUGAUAUCAACAUGUCUGGCUUCAGUGAGAAAGAUGACUUGAAGAGGGCUGAGUGCAUGCUUCAGCAGGCAGACAGACUGGGCUGCCGGCAGUUUGUCACCCCAGCGGACGUUGUGAGUGGCAACCCCAAACUGAACUUGGCUUUCGUGGCCAACUUGUUCAACAAGUACCCGGCACUCACCAAGCCUGAAAACCAGGACAUUGACUGGACACUGCUGGAAGGUGAGACCCGAGAAGAAAGAACAUUUCGCAACUGGAUGAACUCUCUUGGCGUGAACCCCCAUGUGAACCAUCUCUACGGUGAUCUGCAGGACGCAUUGGUCAUCUUGCAGCUCUAUGAAAAGAUAAAAGUUCCUGUUGACUGGAGUAAGGUCAACAAGCCCCCGUACCCAAAGCUUGGAGCAAACAUGAAAAAGCUGGAAAAUUGCAAUUAUGCCGUCGACCUAGGGAAGCAUCCAGCAAAGUUCUCCCUGGUUGGCAUUGGCGGGCAAGACCUCAAUGACGGCAACCCAACUCUCACGCUGGCUGUAGUGUGGCAGCUGAUGAGAAGAUAUACUCUGAAUGUCCUAGAGAAUCUUGGAGAUGGUCAGAAGGCAAAUGAUGACAUUAUCGUAAGCUGGGUAAACAAGAUCUUGGCAGAAGCUGGGAAAUUGAGCUCUAUCCAGAGCUUUAAGGACAAGAGUAUUAGCAGCAGCUUAGCCGUUGUGGACUUAAUUGAUGCCAUUCAACCUGGCUGUAUAAAUUAUGAUCUUGUGAAGACAGGAGAUCUGUCAGAGGAAGAUAAACACAGUAAUGCCAAGUAUGCCGUGUCAAUGGCUAGGAGAAUCGGGGCCCGUGUGUAUGCUCUCCCUGAGGACCUGGUGGAGGUGAAACCCAAGAUGGUAAUGACAGUGUUUGCCUGCUUGAUGGGCCGAGGAAUGAAGAGAGUUUAAGAGUCCAAGCACCAAAACCAAAGCACCCAGACCAAUCCACCCCCACCCCCACCCGUUUGUGUCUUGCGAGAGCAGCUGAUUCCAGAGGGAAAGGCUGCCAGCUUCUACAGCAGCAGCAGCAGCAGCAGCAACAACAAAAGAACUCUUAGUGUGGUUUUUGUUUUGUUUUGUUUUUACAGGGGAACUCUCCAUUUUGUCCUGCAAAAGGCAGAAAUGUGAUGAGAAUUCUCAGAGAAAGAGAUGGGGGGGAGCGUUAACCAGCCACAAGAGCUCUCUUCCCCCAGAUUUUUUUUUUAAGAAAGAUUUGUUUUCUCAAGUGCCUGCAAGAAAGCAUUUGGAUAUUUUUGUGGAGCAGACUGCUGGGCUGGCAGCUGAGGCUUCCAUGCUUAGAUGCUCCAUUCUUUAGUGGGCUGUCAGAGCUGGCUGGCAUCAGUCCUUAAUAGUGAUGCAUCUCACUCUUCUGUCUUAACAAAGGGGGGGGGAGUCUAGUUUUUAUUUUAUUUCAGGUGGUCUUAGAAUGUGUGACAGCAUUGAGUUUCCAUUGAAUUUUUGCUGCAGUUUCAUUGAGGCAAAGGCAGUAACCAGAACUGUGUGUUACCCCAGGCACAAAAUGAAUGAAAGAAAG